AUGAAACCUACUCGUCUACUCCAGACAUGCAUGACAUGCGUGUCUCUACGUGGAGGGACGAAACCUGCCAAGCAGCCCGGGAAGAAAGUCAAACGUCGAUGGAUCGGCACUGAGCCGCAGCCCCGGGUGGUCAUCGAGAAGAUCAAGAAGCAGAUCGAGGCCAAGAAGAGCAAAGUUACCGAGCCGGUGAAGCAGCCGAAGAAGAAGAAGGUCGGGAGCUGGUGGCAGAGGGUCCCGCAGGUCUUCGGUGACGAUGGGACGAUGGACGAAGACAAGUUCGAGCAAGGUUGCAUGGAGUUCGAGAAAGGAUUCAAGAAUCAAAAGACCAAGAGAAGGAAGAUUGCGAUGAAGAUGCAGCAAGAAAAGCAGAAGAGGGAGAAGAGGGAGCGACAAAGGGUGUUGAGGGAGCAGGAGAGGCAGAUGGAGGAGCAAAGGGAGAAGAUGAGGCAGGAGGUUCUGUCGGAAAGGCUCUUGCAACUGGACUACAAGGAUCCACUCUUGACGCCGACCAACGACGUCAAAGAUGAGCCGGUGCACGAGACUGUCAAGUUCGAUCAUCAGGGCGGGUCGUCGACUAUAGUAGAGGUCGAGAGCUUGGAGAUCGACCCGAUGGCGGCUAAGAUGGCGAUGCUCCAGAACCUCCCUCCCCUGCCCAACUCAAGACACAAGUGA